AUGAAGAGCGCGUUCAAGGGCGUCGUCUUCUGGAUCGGCCAGAAGGACGUGGAGAACCAGGUGACGGUCAACAAGGCCAUGGCGCUCAAACAGAAGUGCGAGGAGAUGCAGACCAAGUACAUGGAGAAACUAGAGCAGGUCCACGCGGCGUACCAGAAGGCGAUGAAGAAGGUGCAGGUGCUGGAGCACGAGAAGGAUCAGCUGACCAAGGACAAGAACGAGCUGCAGGAGAAAUACACCGAGAAGUCGAGGCAGAAGCGCAAGCUGGAGGAGAUGUACGACGCGCUGCGUAACGAGUACGAGCAGCUGAAGCGCGGCGGGAGCGCGCGCGCGGAGCAAGCGCUCGCGCCCCUCCAGCCGCGCGACCGCAACGCCAUGAUGCCGCGUGGAGCGCCGUACAACUUCGGCCCCUCGAACAGCUUCGACGAGCCGGCCCCCAAGAGCCGGCCCACACAGGGUUACGAGCAGCUCGCGUUUCGCACGGAUACGAGUUGA